AUGCAUGCUAAUGUGGAUCUUAUCCUAGAUGAUGCCAACUAUAAUCCUCAGCAGCCUGUACUUGGCAGGAAUGCAUCUUCGGUCAGGUAUAGAGACCAGGCAAGACAGAAUGCAUCACAGGAAAGGAAAACAGCAAGACUAACCAAUGCCUUCACAGCAGUAGUUAUGCUAAUCACAAUUGGCAUCAUUGGGGCUUGUCUUUAUUUCUCUAAAGAAGAGAGUUGUAAAUUUAAUAUUAAAGGACUCCUGCAUCUCGCUAUUGGGCUAAAAGUAGGCAUUUUGACAUUUUCAGUGAUAGCUUUUUGUAUACUUAAGAAUACUCAAAGUGACAUUGGAUGGAUUUUUGGGAUCAAUUUUAUCACAUUCCUAGUUAUGCUAGUAUUUAAUUUCCAAGUCCUCCGCUUAUUCUUCUCAAACGGAGUUAAUUGUGACAAAUCUUUUGACUGGCUAAACUUUGCUCACUGUAUGCUUGCAGUAGAAGCACUGAUCAGCUUUCUCUUCUUGCUAUUAAUAUGAAUUGCCAUUAUAACGGGUGCUUACCAAGAAUAUUCCCAAAAAGAUAGAAUUAGGAAUCAAUUGGUAGCUCAGAACAAUGGAAGAAGACCACAAGCUCCAGUAAUUAGACCUGAGGAUAGGAGAGAAGAAAACCAAAAUCAAAAUGUUGAAGAGAGACCAAGAGAGAGAAGUAAUCAUAUAUCUAUCAGCAACCUGCUUCUGAAUGUAGCUACAUUUAAACUUAAGCCUGAAGAUUAUAGAAAUAUGGAUGAGUGCUCAAUAUGUCUAGAAAAAUUCAAUGAAAAUGAUCAGUUAAUCUCUCUUCCAUGUCACGAUGCUCACAUGUUUCACCCACAUUGAAUCUCCGACUGGUCUAAAGUAAGCGAGGCUUGCCCUAUUUGUAGAGUAAGGAUCGACAGAAACGAAAUUAAAGCUUUACAAAGAGAAAACCAAGCCCUCCUGAAUUAAUAAAUACCGACUUGAUUUUAUAUGGUUCA